AUGUACCCCCUCGCCCUCCUCCUCAGCCCUCUCCUCCUCGCCACCACCGCCGCCGGCGUCACCUACGACGAAUACUCCUACGCCGGCCCCAAAGACCAAUUCGACAACGGCGUCUCCUGGUCCGCGAUCCGCCCUUCAGGAAACGUCCUCCUCCGCUCCUCCGACGGCACCAACCGCCCUCCAGAUAGCACUCCUGAAUAUAUGGCCUGCCGCCCCCUGGCCCUCGACAAAGGCGCGCAUCAGUGCGACGGCAAAGCCAUCACGCGCGACGUCUGUCAUGUGUCAUGCGACGCGAGGAAGCGGGAUGGGAAGUCGGCCAAAGUCGAGUGUUCCGGCUGGAACAAGUGUAAGGGGAAGACGAUGAAGAAUCAUUGUUUGUGCAAUGUGGGGUACUGGUUGCAGGAGGAGAAUAAGGGGAAGAAACCGCCGGGGGAGGAGCAGGGGGCGAAGUUGGCGUUGCCGAAGAAGGAGAAGUAG